AUGGGUAAAUUCUAUACAUCUAUCUCUCCGGAAUUGGCGGAGUGGGCAAUGGCUCAAUCGGUGUUCUUUACGGGGUCGGCGCCGACGUUUGGGAGGCAUGUUAAUAUUAGUCCGAAGGGGUUGCCCGAUGCGACAUUCAAGAUCUUGGGACCGAAUAGUUGUGCUUAUAUUGAUGCAACGGGUUCUGGCGUCGAGACUAUCAGCCAUAUCUAUGAAAACAGUCGCGUAACAAUAAUGUUCUGUUCUUUCACUUCCACUCCCCGCAUAAUGCGAUUUUUCUGCACAGGACAUGUCGUCGAAUGGAAUACACCUGACUUCGCACCCCUAUUGGCGAAAAUGGGAAAGUCGAAUGUGGAUGGUGCGAGAGCUGUGAUCUUAUUGGAUGUUUGGAAGGUCCAAACAUCUUGCGGCUACGGCGUCCCCAUCCUCACACCGCUUUCUGUUCAAAUUGACAACCCUUCCGUUGGUCCCUGGACUGAUCAUAAGACUCUGGGCCACUGGGCUGGUCAAAAAGUAGAGAAAAAUGAAAUGCAGAAUUACCAGUCGGCGUGGAAUAGUUAUUCACAUGAUGCGUUACCUGGAUUGAAGAGUGCACGCAAACAGAAAUUGGGGAAUAGUGUUAUGAGAGUCAAGGUUGAUGAGGUAAUGUUUUGGGGAAAGAGAAUUGUGAAGGGAGAAUGGAGAGGAGUGAUCUUGGGGGUGUUCGUGGGAUUCUUUAUGGCGUUGCUAAUGGGGGUUUGGGGCAAGGAGGGAGGACUUCAAAGUGUAGUAGGGAGGGUAACUGAGGUUAGAGAGAUGAUGGGGAAUUUGACGGGGAGAAAUCAUUUAGAAGUUGAGCUCUGA